ACUAAGUGUCAUGGCCGUCAUGAACAGUGUUUACCAGUCAACGCUUUAAUAACUUGGCUUUUUAAGUCAUAUGAAAUGGCAGCGGUUUUCCUGGUGACCUUAUUUGAGUACUCCCCAUUGUUUUACAUAAGUGUGGUUUCUUUGUGUUUCGUUGUUACCGCCGCCAUGGUGCUGGGCUGGUUUGGCUUUGAUGUCCCAGUGAUCCUUCGCAGCUCUGAUGAGACUGAGUCGCUUCUACAAACUCCUGAGAAGCAAAUGGUUCAGAUGACCAAUCCCUUUACCUUGGACAUGGGCUCUGGGCCUGCAUCUGUCACUGAUGGUGUGUCAGUGAGGCCUUGUUGUCUGGAACCCUGUAUCCUGAGCUGUUUCUGGGGCUGUGAGGUCAGUGCCCUGCAGGGAGCCCUGCAGGCCCACCAGCACAGCUUGAGGCUCAGAACCCCUCAAUAUUUCCAGGAGGUCCUGCACCUUCAUUACCACCACUGUCAGACAUUCCAUGUCGGCAGUGAAGACACAGUGGAAUACCACACACAGAUUCCUGCUGACCAAGGGAUCACAGAUUUUGGGACGUUGCCAAGGGAACGCUACCCUCUUGUAGCUGUGCUGACGCUGGCAGAGCCAGAAGCCAGAGACGCAUACAACAUUGUGGCCAGUGUGACAGUUAUUCAUGUUCCUGAUGACAAAUACAGCCUUUCAGCACGUGUUCUUUUUCAGUACCUCCUCACCUCACAAGGGAACAUGUACGAAUUAAAGCCUCUCUUCAUGUCAGCUGACAGUGUGGGUGCACCUCAGCCUCCUGACACAGAGCAGAGCACCCAACCCAGUGAACCCAACAACAAGGCCAGCAUAGUGGAGCAGUGUACAGUGCUUGAGGAGGAGGAGGAGGAGAAGGAGGAGGAGGAGGAGGAGGAGCUGUCUGAGCGGAGGGGUAAAGACUGUGUGGUCUGUCAGAAUGCAGCAGUGAACAAGGUGUUGCUGCCUUGCAGACAUGCCUGUGUGUGUGACAGCUGUGUGUCACACUUCCAGCACUGCCCCAUCUGCAGGGCCUUCGUCCAGGAGUCCUUCACCCUGAUACAGGGACCAGCAGCAGAACAUUGACUCAGUGAAUGUAAUUCAGAAGAUAAUAUGCAGCAAGACAUGCAACAUUGCAAAGUAACACCCCGCAACUCCCCGGCAUUAAAUCCUAAUCCUAAUCUUUAAAGUAUUUUACAUCAAACUUCCAUGGAUAGAAAAGUUCAGCUGGACUGUAGAGUUGUAGUAUAUUACCACUGGUGGGUACACUGCAGAAGCUACAAACAAUACAAACUAAGCCAUUAGAUUGAGUACAGUACUACCACAGAUCAAGACAUUUGAGGUACUCAUAUUUUAAAAAAAUAAUAAUUUAUUAAUAAUAGAGAAAUUAUCUUUUAAAUGAUCUUUCGUUUGACUAAUGAUUAUCUGUUGAAAAGUUUUUGGCAGUUUUGACAGUAAGUGUUGCUAUGACAACAGAGACAUAAUUAAUGACAAACAAGUUAAUUCUGGCUUCACUCGAUCUUUGGCAGAAUCUUUGUGUUGACUUCAGCCAUAAGCUGUUACCCAAUUACAUUCUACCGUCUAACUGUAUAUAGAUUACUAUAUACAUACAUCUUUAUACAUUAUGUACUAGGAUAACAGCGUACUAACUGUGUAGAGUGUAAUAUAUAACUAAAUACCAGCUGUAUACAGUAUGUACUAAAUGUGUUAUUGCCUAUAUUUAUAAGUGACCUAUAAAAUGUGGUCUAAUCUUCAUCAAAGUCACUAUAAUUGAUAAGCACACUAUGUGUUAACAAAUCAUUGUUUUACAAAUUGGUUAUUUAUUAAAAAAAUAUCAAUAUUAUGUGAGCCCUUUCAGAAAUUACCUCUUCAAAACACACUGGUUUUCCCACAUGGAAGUUGAAAGUGUAGUUAGUGGUUAGAUUUCCCAUGCUCUGUGCUAAACUUGUAGAAAAUGUUGAUGACUGUCAUUGUUGUAAACCAUCCAUCAUUCACAGGUUCUUUCAGAAUAUAUUUUACUUUGGAGGCGGAAGAGAAACCUUCACUUACUGUUAAGACUAGUGAAGAGACAACAAAGCUUCAUGGUGCCAUCUUGGGGGGGGGCUUCGUUGUCCCUUCACUAGUUAAGACCUUUCUAAAUAUGUCAAAGUCACAGAAAUAGCAAUUAAUGGUUCAGCCGAUAGAAAAACAUCAGGCACAAUGGUGCUCAUGGAAGGCAGCACUGAGGAAAGCAUGGUUCUCCUCUCAAAUAAAUUGAAUGUUUUUUACAUUCUGUAAAAACUUCAAACCCUUUUAUCUGGAGUAAUAGAGCAAAACAAACUAACCACCUACCACAACACCAUUUAAAGUGAAGCCUGGAGUAGAGAUCACCAUAAUUUCUGCUUUUUUUGCGAUCCCUGAACCUGACUCAAAUUGGUGAUUGAGAAAACAGUGUUUUCAAAUGUAUAUAAAUAAUUGAUAAAGCUAAAAGCUGAAACAUAAAACUUUAAAAUUAAAUGUCUCUGAACAAAGUGUAAAACUACAAAAUGGCUUAGACAUAAGAUUAGUAAUAUUUCAGAGAGUUCUGUAUCAGGAAAUCUAAUACUGCUCUCAUUUAAACAAAGCUGUGAUUUCAGCAUUGACCAUGUAUAACCUGACAGAAGCACAGCUGUUGUGAGGCUUAAUGCUAUUAUCAGGAAGUUAUGGAUGCCUCCACGGGGGACAUUAAUUCUUGAUUAUGAACGCCUUGAAGAGCAUUAACCCACUUACAUGAUUGUCACUUCCCAAACAAAAAAAAGUAAACUUAUCAUUUAUAUUUUCAUGCUUACCUGAAACAACAGCUCCCGUCCCAUAAGCUAAUACGUAAAACAGAUACCACUAGAUAACAGGAGAGAUUUCUCGUCUACUCAGCUCAUAGAAUCCAGGAAGCUAACAUGCUGACAAGAUUCAAGGUCCACAACCAAAACAUUACAUAGGUUUGAUAAAUGUAUGGAUGUAUUGCAUCAAGACUAGCUAGCUAUCCAGCCCGGUCAUUGUCCCCAAAUCAAUAUCAAGAUUUUUUUUUUAAACUGGCCUGACAGUGAAGCCAGAAUACCUAGAAACAGACGUCUUGGGCGCAUGGAGCCAUGAUAUGUGUUCCUGCCUGAAUACAGUUGUCAAGCAUAAAAAUACACCACGGUUUAAUAGAAUCAAAUGAAUAAUUUAAACCAAACUUAACAAACACUUGAACAAACAUCAGUGUUCAAGUUCAAGUUAAUGAUGUAAAAUGACCGAAACCAUUUGUGAAAAAUGUAUUCGGGGCAUUUCGGCAAAUGAGACCCGCCUCUUUCCGGGUAUUGGACUGUAAUGGAAACACCCCUAUAGAAAGGCAGUAAAACAGCAGCAGGGCCUGAGAGCUGAAAUGUUUGUUUGUGGUUCAGUUUCUGCCUCUGUGUAGCUACAAACAUAGACACUUCCAUGGCUACGUUCUUAAAAAACCAUAUACUAUUUACAGUAUUCCACUAUGGUUCUAUCUUUGCUUACAGUCCAUCUGAACUUUGAAGGUAGAAGCUUGUGAAACAUCCAAUAUAAAGGAUGAUGACUGGUUGAAGUAGAGGUAUGAAUGAAGUAGACCUUGUACAGAGACUGAAACUGAAUUAUGAGCUUUGUUUGCCACAUACUAGAAGCUGCAUUAUUUUUACUUAUUUUAACCUCUGUUAAAAUUAGUCAAAGUUGUAAAAUAUGUUAAUAACAGUAACAGUGUGAUACUUUCAUGUACAGAUAAUUUAUGUUUACUUGUUUUUAUUAUAUGACCUCUUUCACAGGAUCAGUGCAGUAGGCAGUUUAUGGAACACAGCUAAUCAAUUCCUAAACUGAAGUCUGACACUGUAAAUGAAGGUGACUGUUCCUUUUGAAGGAAUAAUAGAAAAGAGAUGAAA